CAUAAAGAUAGAACGAGGGUAGAGCGGCUCACCAUGGCAACCCUGAUGGGGACGUCGCUCUACCCAGAGCAGCCUCUAUGGUGGGCUCUGCUUUAGCAGGUGGGCGGUUUAUGGCCGGAAGCGUGGACGAGAGCCGGUCUCUUCCUUCCGGUUUGCAGCGGAGCUGGGAUUGUGAAUCCCACCUCCCACCCCCCGGGCAGAGAAUGACGUCUGGCUGAUGGAGAUGGUGAGCCAAAGGCAGGUCAGGAAAAUGGGCUGCUCGGGAAGCUCCCCGGAGGCUUAGCAGGAGGAGCAGGGGUCUCCGGGUUGGGCUGCAGGCUGGGCGCGCAUUGUUUGGCUCUUGCUCCUUGCCGCCCUGCGAGGUUGGUGAGGGUUGCGGGGUUGAGGUUGGUCCUGCUUCUCUCGCGCUGUUAAUUCUUCUUUCCUCCGAGGAGUGGGAGAUCCUCAUCCCGCUUCCCCUUUGUCCCCCCACCCAAAUCGCCCUAAGUUGAAGGCAGCCCUGCAUCGCGAAGUUCUCUGUUCUAUGCUGGGUUUUUAUAGCCUGUUAGAAGCCUCCCAGAGUGGCCGGGGCAAUGCAGUUAGAUGGGCGGGGGUGUUGUUGGCAUCUGCCUGUCAUGAAAGAGACAACGGAGUGUGCCUCCGGCGGUGAAUUCGAAACUACCGGGUUAGCAGCACCAAAGUAGCUCCCGGCUGCUCUCUUUCUUGUUGUGACAUCUCCAGAGUGCAAGUGUCGGUCAUGUGUGUGGAGGCCUUGGCUGCCCAUAGGACAAGACUCCGUUCUCAACCUUGCUGGUUUGGUCCGAGGGAAAGCAGAACAAUAUGUUUGGCACUAGCUUGGCUGCAGGAGUUGCCCGGAAGGAGGCAUAAAAGGUGCCAUGCAACCUCCUUAGAGACUCCACUCUGGAUUUGUGUAGGAUUUUCUCUUUAGCCUUUUCUUCUGAAGAUAACCCACAAGGCAGUGGAGGUUUAGGACCAGAGUUUUCCUUCUCCUACAUGGGCUCCCUUCCCAGGUUGACAAGCCCCAUCUCCCUCUCACUUCCCUCUACAGCACGUAUGGAAACCACCCUCUUGACCGUUGGACUCACUAUUGGUCUCAUCCGUUCAACCCGUCAGAGCCUGUCUUUGCAUGCAGGGGAAGUCCCUAACUUACCAAGGGUUUGAGACCCAUUGGCUACCCUCACCUGGAUUAGCUGACCAGUUAAGCCAUUCCCAGGGAGUAGGGACUGUCUUGUGCUGACAGCUUCUAGGAGUCAUGUUUGAGAACUAGGUACAGGGAGCACAAUGUAUCCCCCACCAGAGGUGCUACCCUUUCCCUAGCACCCCAUACCCCCCUGGGUACUGCCCAGGAUUUUUUGUGCUAUGAGAGAGGGAGGGAAACUUUUUUUCUCUCCGUACCAUGUAUAAUUUCACUCAUGUCAUUGAUGUGAUAGAAGGCGGCUUCAGAGGAAUGAGAAUCUCCCUCCAUGCCCUUCUUCUUAACAGGGGCUUAUGAUUUUCAAAGAGGUGGCCGUGCGUUUCACCGAGGAGGAAUGGGUUCUGCUAGAUCCAGGCCAAAGGGCUCUCUACUGGGAAGUCAUGGCAGAGAACUAUGGGAUGGUAGCCUCCCUGGGUAAGUAUCUGUCAAGGUGUGCUAACCCUAAUGUUCCUAUUGCUUAAGACCCCCUCUAGCUGGUUCCCAUUCCUAGGAUCUCCAGCUUCCUUCCAUGUCACAUCCUACGUACACACCUCAAACCAAUACUUCUUUACACAAACUGUGGAGCUUGCAAGAGGCAGUAAUAGCCAUGAACUUGGAUGACUUUAAAAGAGGAUGAGAUCAGUUCCUGGAGGAUAAGACUACAUUGUCUUACUUCUGUAUUCCAGCUGCUGGAAACUGCAGGAGGGAAGAGUGCAGCUACACUUAGGUCCUGCUUGCAGGCUUCCCAUGGGCAUCUGUUGGCCACUGUGAGAACAGGAUGCUAGACUAGAUGGGCCACUCUGUACUUUUGCAUCUCAGCCAGGAACUCAAGGAUGUCAACAAGGCCAGGUUGAGCUUGUGGUUUUCCAUAUCAAGUGUCAAGAUAACACUCAGCCUUAGCAUUCUCCAGCCAUUCUCGUUAUAUUGAUUCUCGUCACUAGUUCAUCAGAAUGGCUUUUCUUGGGCGGUUCUUGGAGACUUUAAUUCUCUCUUCAAUGGCCAAAUGCAAGGUGGGCAUCUGUCGCACCUGACCAAAGAAGCCUGAUAGAUCUGAUUAGUGGACUACCCUCUCAGCCCUCAAGCUUUCCCUCCUAACCUGAGUAAGAUAAAUGAAAAUGUAUGCAUCUGUGCUAGGGUGGGGGAAUCUUUUUCCUAUGAAAGUUUGUUCACCAUAGGAAAAGCCAGUGUGGGGCACAGCCAACGGUGGGCAGAGUUGCAGGACUGCAGAAGGCUCUGUGCCAUCCCUUCUGUCUGGCCCCAUAUGCACUAUACAGUACAGUAUCCUGCCACUUGAAACAGCCAUGGCUUCCCCCACAGAGUUCCCAAGAAAUGUGAUUUUGAAGGGUUCUGAGAGUUGUUAGGAGACACCUGUUCCUUUCACAGCUGCAAUUCUGAGAGUUCCCUGGGAAGAAGAAUUGACUGUAAAACCACACUGGGAAAAUGGAAAAAACCAGAGUGGUCAGACAUGAUCCAUAGAGAGUGAGAGACGGGGAUAUAUUGGGCUAAGAGUGUGUAGAUAUGUGUGUGUGUGUGUAUAGUUGUACCUUGGAAAUCGAACACCUUGACUCCUGAACAAAUCGGCUCCCGAACUAUUGAAACCCAGAAGUGAUUGUUUUGGUUUUCGAACAUUCUUUUGGAAGCCAAACAUCCAAUGUGGCUUCUGCAGCUUCCGAUUGGCUGCAGGAGCUUCCUGCAGCCAAUCAGAAGCCGCGCUUUGGUUUCCGAACACUUUGGAAGUCGAAUGGACUUCCGGAACGUAUUUCAUUCGACUUCCAAGGUACGACUGUACUAGCCCUCAAGAGUCUGGGCUCACUUUCCUCAGUGAAGUUAUUCUAUGAUGGGUGGGGAGGGUAGUAUUGCCCAAAUUAGUGAACCAUCCAAUGGAAGCCAAAUGUUGGAAGGUUCAGGAGAGGCAAAAGGAGCACAAAAGGAGCUUAGAUUUCUUUAAAAGUUGGUUAGACAAAGUCAUGUAAGACAAGGCUAUCAAUAUCUGCCAGCUAGGCUGGCUACGUUCCACCUCUACUGGAAAGGUGGAUUUAGGGGCGCUGCAGCUAUGAUGUAGAAUGGAAGGCUAGGGGGCCACCGAUUUUGGGUGUUGCACAGGGCUCCACUGAAAUUUGAGACCCCAGUGUCUGCCACGGUUAGAGGCAGGAUGCCUCUGAAUGCCAGUUGCUGGCAGUCAUAAGUGAGGACAGCAAUAUUGCACUCAGAAGGUUGUUGUGAGAACAGAAUGUUGGAACUAGAUGGACCAUUGGCCUGAUCCAGAUGCCAGGCUCUUACGCUCUCUUUUUUCCCCAGUCCAGGAGCUGCAGCCAGGAAUGAAUGUGGAAGCAUGGGAGUUGGCAGCAGCCCAUGAACCCAGGGAGAAAAUGGAAAGAGGAGAAAAUGAGACUCCUGCAGUCCAACUUGGGACUGAGAGACAGUUUCUGUAUGGGGCAAGUCUGCUGCAGGCCAAACAGACUCCCGCUUCUAGGUCCCAGCUGGAAUGGGAAGACCAGUUCCUGAAUUUCCUGAAGACAGCAGCAUCCUCUCCCUCUGGGCUUCCCUGCCCCCAGUCCUCGUUGGUGUCUGAUAUAAGGGAAUCCCAGGCUUCUUUGAAGGGGGUCGUGAACCACAGCCAUGGGCAUAGUGGAGAAGGCGUUGAUCACACCCUGCCAGGCCUUGGCUGUGAAACUCCAGGAAGCCCGAAGUAUUUUGUGAAAGUGAAAGAAGAGGUUUUGUCUGAGGAGGAGAGUACUGGUGUGGAGAUGCAAGGGAGGCCGGAAGAAAAAGUGAGAUGAUCUCUAAACUCCUGUUUUGUCUGAGCAGAGAUGAGGAGAAUCUGUGGUCCUCCAGAUAUUGCUGAACUACAUUUCUAAUCAUCCUUUACUCUUCCACUCUGUUUGUAUAUUAAAGAAGGAUGGAGAGAGAACCCAAUCCCGGGUCCUCCUGCUUCCACUGGUGGUGCGAUCAUGUGGAGGGCAGUCGAGGGCUUUGUUUGGAUUGGGGUGGGCGAUGGCAGAGAACAGGGCUUCCCUUGUCUUGUGGCACACACCACAUGAAAUUACUAAUAUAAUUAUUUCAUUCUCUAUCCCACGCUUCGUCUUGAAGACACCCAGAGUGGAAAACACAUCAAUUAUAACGGGGAGAAAAAGGAUUCUAAAAGCAAUUUAAAACAUUCUAAAAACAUAGAUCUCAUUGUGUGCCAUUUCAGCCACCGAAGGCAUGGGUAAAUAUCUUUUUUUUUUUUUAAUGAUAUUUAUUCCAGAUUUAAAGUUACAAAAAAGAAAAAGAAAAACCAUACAAAAUACAAAAAAAAAAAAACUUUAGCCAUAACAAAGCAAGAAAAAAAACAAGUAAAGAAGAACAAUAAGAUAGAAUAAAAAAGAAAACUUGACAAAAAAUAUAAAAAUACAUUGAGUUAAAGUAAAACAAAAACAGAUUAAACCUUUACAUAGCCUUUUCCCUUUACUUAUUUCCAUGACCUCCUCUCACCUCCCAGUUUUGUAUUCUAGUUCAGAUCGUGUUUCCAGCAAAUCCUUCUAACCUUAUUUUCAUUUACGUAUUUUAAAAUUAAAAUUAUAUGAUUAAACCUCCUCUAAUUCAUCAAUUUCAUCAACUCAUUUUUGCUUAGUCCAUUAUGUCAUAUCUGCCAGAACGACCUAAUAUUCUUUUUCCAACUUCCUUCUAGCAGGCAUGGGUAAAUAUCAGUGUUUUAAAAGAAAAUUCCUGAAAGUCAAUAACGAGGGAGACAAAUGCACCUCGCUAGGUCCACAAAUAGGGAACCACCACUAUAAAGGCUCCAUCAUGGCUCAGCGCCAACCAGUGGUGUUUGGUGACACCCCCACCAAGGCUUCACCUGCCACUCAUAGUGUCAGAGAUGAUUGAUGUUGGAGAAGACCCUCUUUUGGGUACUAUGCUUCGUACUGAGUUGCACUCCUCUUUCUCUUUUAGGCAUUGAGGCCUACAGGAGACGAUAAUCCCUCCUUGCUGGAGCAGGAUCUGACAGACUCGGUGAAGAUGCGAGAGGACGAUCUCUUGGGUAAGGGUUGUCGGGGCGACUCCAGGGAUGCUACCAGGCUGUUAUUUGAAGUAGUUCCUUUCUUUAAAAAAACCACAUAGCUUUAUGUUACGUUUUAAGAGUAUCGGAAAAGCCCUGCUGGAUCAAAGCCUUAUCUAAGCCUGGCAUCCUGUUUCCUGGAAUGGCCAAGCAGAGGCCUGUCUGGAAGCACCAGGUCCAUAGUCCUUCCCUGUUGUUGCUCCCCCACCUGCUGCUACACUGUCCCUGAACAUGGAGGCUCCAUAUAGCGGUUUUUGGUAACCAUCCUUCCCUCCAUUAAUUUAUCUGAUGGCCUUUAUAGUCAUUAAACCGAUUGCUAUUGCCACAUCUUCUGACAGCAAAUUCCACAAAUUGGUUGCUAGAAUGCUAUUCUAUAAAUAUUAAUAAAUGUUUUCCAAAUAAGAGUCCACGCAUAGCCAGAAGAACAAUACCCUGCCAUCUGUGGAGAGGAUAUGUAGCAAGCGCACCCUCUUCCUAACUGGCAGUCAAGGAAUUGUUACGAGGAGGAAAUGAUAAAAUAAAUUUAAAAAUUGUCCAUUAGCACCUUAGAGACCAACUAAGUUUGUUCUGGGUAUAAGCUUUCGUGUGCAUGUACACUUCUUCAGAUACCAUAAAUAUCAUAAUAGAUAUUUAUUGUAAUGCCCAGAAUAACUAAUAUGUACUCUGGUAGGGGUUUUUUAGGGGACGCGAAUGGCGCUGUGGGUAAAACCUCAGUGCCUAGGACUUGCCGAUCGUAAGGUCGGCGGUUCGAAUCCCCGCGGCGGGGUGAGCUCCCGUCGUUCGGUCCCAGCUCCUGUCAACCUAGCAGUUUGAAAGCACCCCUAAGUGCAAGUAGAUAAAUAGGGACCGCUUUAUAGCGGGAAGGUAAACGGCGUUUCCGUGUGCUGCGCUGGUGCCGGCUCGCCAGAUGCAGCUUCGUCACGCUGGCCACGUGACCCGGAAGUGUCUUCAGACAGCGCCGGCUCCCGGCCUCUUGAGCGAGAUGAGCACGCAACCCUAGAGUCGGUCACGACUGGCCUUCGGGCAGGGGUACCUUUACCUUUACCUUUAGGGGUUUUUUAAAUUGUUAUUGUUGUUUUGUGUAAAUAGUUUUUCUCCUAUGUUACUGAAACUUAAUACAAACCACUUUGGGGAAGAGCCAUUGUAACUCAGUGGGAGACGAGAAGGAGGCCAAGCGAGCAUCUGUUGGCUCUGCCUGUCAUUGGCUCUGGUUUCGCCUACCAUUGUGGGGCAGGAGAGAAGAAGAGGGGAGGCAAUACCCACUCCAGGGAAUUGUGGGAAAAUUAAGAGGCCAGGGAUCUCUUCCUUUGCUGGGACUUCUGCUUCUUUCCAUUUCGAGGCGAGUAACAUUCUUGCCACUGUAGUAGCAUACAUGAAUAAGUUUCUAUACAAUUUAGGUAGUUCUGUCCCUAUAAUUCCCAAAAGAAAAGCUUCUGGUUGUUUGUUUUUUUACAAACAUUAUUUUAAACAUCCUUUUCAAUUCAUUAUAUAUCAUUUCCCAGUAAGCUUUUUAACCUUACCACAAGGACCACAGUUUCCUUACCCCUGAUCUUACCAACUGAACAGCUGAACACUAUUUUAAAUUAUUAUUAUUUUUCAAAAAUUGAAGGCUCCUUCCCAUUCUCUCCUUCUCAUGUCAUUUCUCUUGUUUGUUUCAGGAAACGGCAAUGGAGUGCUCAAGUCUGAGAAGACCUUUUGGCAAGGAACACCUAAGCGAAUGAGUCGCAGUAGGACAUCCCUGGAAAUCGCCAUGGGGGAAUGUUUUUGGGGUCCCAAAGUAGAGGAGACUCCUGAGACUGGGCAGCAUGUUGACAGCUUCCAAGAGAUCAAGCCUAACCUAGCUCUGCUUUGUGGGGAAGAUGCUAAAAAUGCACCCAGGAGGACCUUCCCUGAGAACCUCCUGAGCACUGAGGGGAGGAAGGGAGGCCAAGAGAAUGGGACCAGCCUCCAUCGGAACGCUCCCCUUCCGGAAGACCAGACAAUGCCACCGGAAGCAGAGAAAGUGUAUAAGUGCUCCUAUUGUGGGAAGUCUUUCGGCGAUAGUUUGGACUUGGUUGCCCACGAGCGGACCCACAUUGGCGAGAAGAUCUACAAGUGUCCGCAAUGCGAGAAACGGUUCUCUCACCGGAUCGACCUCCUGACGCACAAGAAGAACCACAAGGGAGAGAACCCGCACCGGUGUGAUUUGGACUGCGUGAAGUGCUUCGAGCAGCGAGCUUUCCUGAUGGGGCACCAGAUUGCCCACUCCGGGGAGAAAGCCUGCCGGUGCUCCGUGUGCGGGGAGAGCUUCAGCUGGAAGUCCAACCUCAUCAGGCAUCGGAGGACCCACACGGGAGAGAAGCCCUAUCACUGCGCUGAGUGCGGGAAAAGCUACACGCGUAAUACCGCCCUGAAUAGACACAAGAAGGUUCAUGGUGGGGAGAGACCCUGUGACAGCAGUGCUCCGAGCAUAGGGCCAGCUUCAGUGUGGGUUCUCCUGGUGUAAGAGUUGGCAGAAGAGGUGACCCAACUUUGGUUUGCCCUUAGCCAGCCCCUACCUCACCUGCCCUCAACUGGCCACCAAUCUGGGGAGUGGCCCAGCCGGUAGGCUGCCUCCAUCGUCUUAGGAUGUCCCUUGUAGAGUUCAGCAGGAAGGAAGAGGGGAGAACUAGCAUUCUAGUUGGAUCUGCCUGUCAUUGACUCUCUGGCACCACCUACUGUUGGGCUCCCCGCCUUCCGCCCCAUUAUUGCCAGUGGAAUCAAGCCACCGCCGAUAGAGAGAGAAAACACGGAAGUGGUUCACAACUGUGGCAAGCGUCCUCUGGAUUCCACAUGGGUUGACGAAUCGCUGAACAUUUUUCGUGGAUGGGAGAGUUUUCUGGGCAGCGUUUUUAAAAACCACAUACCAGCAGAGGAGCAGUGGUAAGUGGUCCUGAGCGCAUAGCCUGCCUUAUGCCCGUGGCUGGGUGUGAUGAGAGACCAGCCUGCACCUUUUCAAACUGAAGAUGCAGGACCUGCCAUUUUUAAUUUCCCAGAUUCAUUUUAAUUUUUUUUAAAUGAGAACACUCUGGGCAAGUAAAAAUCUAGCACUUCAGGAAGAAUGGUUCUAGCCCAGCUUGCUCCCUGAUGCACUAGGUUUCUAUGUGCAGGGCCUUUUUAACAUGGAGGAACAUUUUGAAAAAUGUUAUUUUCUUGCUACAGUCGGCAGCAGUACAAUGCACUCUAUGCUGCCUAUAGACUCUGCCACCUUAUAUUGUAGCCUUAUAGGAGUUCAUCAAUUGGGUCUGCGUUGCUCUGGGACAGGAGGAAGGAAGUCAAAUGACACCGAGGUUGGUUCAAAGAAAGAGUUUAUUCUGCUCUCCGGAUAGCAGAAGGCACUUGCGUGAUCAAGUCCACAGCAAGUCCAAAGAAAGUUUCAUGCAGUAUAUAUAUCCUCCAGGCACCCUCUCCCUCCUUCCCAUAUGAAUCCAACCACGUCAGCCUAUGUACACAGGUUGACAUCACAUAUGUUCUUGCUCUGGUAUUCUUAACCAUAAAAGGAAAUUCCUUCCUGUACUUCUGACCAUAAAAGGAUCUUCCUCUUCCUACUCUUACCGGGGAGGAAGAGGUUGUCAUCUCUGAGAACACGCUUUGGGCUUGUUCCGGACUUAGGUCUGUGCGUCUUUUGUGGUCAGCACAUAAGAUAAGGUACAAAUGUGUCUUUUCUGUUCUACUGAUGCAGUCAGGGUCAUCCCUGCCGUCACAAGCUGAUAAUGGAGAGGGCUCUGAGCACGGCCGGGUUUCUGUUUAUACAUUGACUCAGAGCUCAAGUUAAUGGAUUUUAGCUAAGGAAAAAUAGGGAUUUUGGUGCAGUUUCAAACUGCCUUCACAGUCAGUUUUGGGUUUGGGAAACCCAUUCCUUCAAUAUGAUUGUAUACAAGCAACUCUCCGUUUGUGUGGGAGUUGCGUUCCUGGUCCCCAUGUGCAUCAGUGGGAUGUGUGUAAGUCUGCUCUGCCCCCAUUCCAUCCCCUUUUCAGUGCUGAAAACUGCUUGUAUGUCAGUGGUCACACAUGUGCCGAUCACACGCAAAUGGGGAGUUGCCUAUAUAUAAGGCCAGGUACCCAAACUAAAGUUUCAGAGUUUAGGCUUAUGAAAAUGGCUUUCCCUCUUCUGCACCACUUUUGGUUCACAUCCAAAAAGCCACACUUGGAAUAAUAUUGUAGGGAUGCUCUCCUUUCUAGAAGGCUUCAGGGAGUGCAGUGUGUUGAGCGAAGGGAGGAAAACACUACUAUUAUUUCAUUUUUAAAGAAGUGGCAAGAUCUUGGAGACUAGAGUGCGGAUUAUGAACAGGGCAGGCAUCUCAACAAAAGUUGUGUUGCAGCCCCUCCCACGAUCAUAGCUUCUAUCAGAAGUAUUGGAGCAGGGAUUGGGAACCUCUUUGCCUUCUGGAUACAGUCAGACGACCAGCUCCUAUCAUCCUUGACCAUUAGUUAUCCUGGCUGGCUGGGGCUAAUGGGAGUUGGAGGGGCCACACAUUCCGUACCCCUGCUGCUCUUAUGAGACAGUGUGAAUGUGGAUAGGCCUUCCAAGACUCCUCUAGCACACUAGUUCCCCAGAGAAUCUGGUGCAGUUUUCCAUAAGGGUUGUUACUUGGCUCAAGGCUUUUUCACCUUUAUAAACUUUGCACUAGGAAGAUAGUGCCACGUGGGCUUUUGUUUUGGGGUGAUGUGUGAAAUUUGAAAAGAAAACAGCUCUUUCAUAAGGGUAGAUGCUCAAGAAUUUGUUCUCCUUUAGAACAAUGCUGCCAAUGUACCUUGGUUUUCAAACGCCUUGGGAGUCGAACGUUUUGGCUCCCGAUGAUUGAAAACUGGAAGUGAUUGUUCCGGUUUUUGAACGUUCUUUGGAACCCGAACGUCCAAUGCGGCUUCCGCAGAUUCCGCCUGCAGCCAAUCAGAAGCUGUGCCUUGGUUCCCGAACAUUUUGGAAGUCGAAUGGACUUCCGGGACGUAUUCCAUUCGACUUCCAAGGUACCACUGUAUGAGAAUUCGAAAAACUCCUCUCCAUUAAUUAAGUUUUCAUUAGGUUUUCCAUUAAUACAUAUGGCAGGGAAGGAAAGCUCAUUUCUUCGUUUGGGUAUCCCAUUGUGUGUAGCUCUUUGGUUAGGCAGGAGAGAGAAGUCUGUGGCCCUCAAGAUGUUGCUGGACUUCAACUCCCAUCACCCCCAGCCACGAUGGCUAAUGGUCAGGGAUGAUGGGAGUUGUAGUUCAGCAGCACCUGGAGAACCACAGGUUCUGUAUCCUUCCUUUAGCAAGAUCUCCAUUAUUUUCCAAGAAGGAAAAGUGCUUCUCCUGUACUUAAAAAAAUUUUUUUUUGAAUAUGCUGCAUAAAAAACAUGUACAGUGGUAUCUCCGGUUGUGAACGGGAUCUGUUCCAGGGGUCUGGCUGCAUCCCAAGGAAUUCGCAACCAGAAGAUUGCUUCUGUGCAUGCGCACGGCAUGUAGAGUGAUUUUGCGCAUGCAUGCGCAGCGGAACCCGGAAAAAUACUUCUGGGUUUGCUCGGUUCGCAUCCCAAAGUUUAUGUAUCCAGAGGGAUACGUAAGCAGAAGUACGACUGUACAGUAUAAAGUUUUUGGGUGGCAUGGCUACCUGGGUCACGAUAAAAUAAAAGCACAUAGAGGAUUCACUAAUCAUUUGGUGAGAAAGGCCCUAUUCGAAGUCUGGGAAAGAAAUAAAACAAUAGUAACAGCCAAAACUCCCUGGUGUCUAUCACCUAUAGAGUCAUCAGCCUUGCAUAGAAGCAAUAUGAAAGAUAGCUGGCAAACAUAUAGGGAAUUCGUAGAAGAGAUAAAAGAUUGGCCAACAGUAAAGAAAUUUGAAGAAUUAAAAGAGAGGGGGUGAAUUGGUUAGAAUAUUUCCAAUUAAAAACAAUAUUUGAGAAGGCUAGUAAGCUUAAGGGGUUUGAUAAAAAAAUCUCGGUAUGGGAAAAAGAAAUUUUAUAUAACAACCAACAGACUCUUUCAAAAAUAUAUAAACUGUUACAAAAUGGGAAAGUAGAAAAGGAGGAAAAAGGAGAUGCUAUUAAAAAAUGGGAACAAGAUCUGGGACACCCAAUUGAAUAUAAUGAAUGGGAAAGACUAUGGACAAAAAAUAUAAAUUUUACAGCAUGUUACCUAAUAAGAGAGAACUAUAUGAAAAUGUAUCACAGGUGGUACCUGGCACCAGAAAGGCUUGCAAAAAUGAAUAAAACAUACAAUAAUAAGUGCUGGAGAUGCAAGAUACAAAAAGGAACCUUCUACCAUAUGUGGUGGACAUGCCCCGAAAUUGGGAAAUUUUGGAGCAUGAUCCACGAAGAAAUAAAGAAAAUGUUAAGAAUAUCAUAUAGUAAAAGGCCAGAGGCAUUCCUUUUAGGAAUUUUAAAUGAUGAUAUUCCAAAAGACAAAACUAUUUUUUUCUUAUACGCAACGUCUGCAGCAAGAAUCCUGGUGGCUAAGUAUUGGAAAGGGAAUCAUUUACCCACUAGGGGAGAGUGGCUAUGUAAGCUCUCAGAAUACCUAGAAUUAGCUAAAUUGACAGAUAUAAUAAGACAAAAACCAAAAAGUGAAGUAAAAAAAGAAUGGGAGUGCCUAAAUGAAUACCUCAAAAGUCAAGGUUCGAGGGCAGAAAUCUGGCUGAGUCUGGAAUAACCUUGUGAAGUGAAAGGAUAUGAAAGAAGGAUUUAUAUCUAGAUGUUAGGAUAGAGAGAAUAAAGAAAACAGGAAGACAGGAAGACACAAUGAGAGAUAAAGGAGGUGCUGUGGGAUUGGUGGAAGUCAAUGUCUUGUUGUUAUUUUAGUGUUUAUAAUAUUAACUUGUAUGGAUUUGUUUGUUUUUGUUGUUUUCGAAUGUUGAUUUUUAUGUGUUGUGUAUUGUUAUUUUUUGAUAUCUUUCGUGUUGUUGUUGUGUGGAAAAUACUAAUAAAAUUCAUUUAUUUUUUUAAACUUACUAAGAGCUGAUGGGUGAAAUUAGCUGGGAGUGUGAAUGAGUAAUAAAUUUUGUAUAUAAUG